GUGGAAACAGUCUCUAUGCCAACUAGGCAAAUCUAACAGUCCAAGAAAAAAUAUGGCCAAAUCAAAGGUUCCCAAUGCAAUUCUUUUCGGCACCGGUGAGUAUACCACAGGGCUGACGCCGUCCGGGCAGGCAAAAUCUGACAAGUCGCUGGGGGUAGUAGCUCUGACCUUCUUUGACCUCAGGGAGAGGGGCAAGAUCGGGGAGCGCAUUGGCAUGGUGGGAACCAAUGCGGAGAAGGAGCCCAAGAUCAACGAGCACUUCAGGCAAAACCUGACCUUUACCAAUAUCGGCAGCAAGGAGUUCGAGUUCUUUCCCAAAGCUGGCAAGAAUCCCAAGGCAUACCAAGAUGCCAUCAAGGCCUUCCAGCCGGGAGAUCUGUGCACCGUGUUCACGCCGGAUGAUACCCACUUUGAGAUCUGCAAGGCGGCGCUGGAGGGCGGCUUGCACGUGCUGGUGACCAAGCCAAUGGUGAAGACCUUGGCGCAGCACAAGGAGUUGGUCAGCAUCGCUCGGGCCAAGGGCGUCCUUCUGCAGAUCGAGGUGCACAAGCGCUUCGACCCGAUCUACAACGAUGCCCGGCAACGUAUCCAGACGCUGGGCAACUUCGGGUACUUCACCUCUUUCAUGUCCCAGCCAAAGAUGCAACUGGAGACUUUCAGGGAUUGGGCCGGCAUCUCCUCCGACAUCUCGUACUACCUGAACUCCCACCACGUUGACUUCCAUGUCUGGGCGAUGCAAGGCAUUGCCAAGCCCACAAGCGUUUAUGCUACAGCGUCCACGGGCACGGCCGAGAAGAUCCUGGGCCGGGCGUGCGAGGAUACCAUCACCCUCACCGUGACCUGGAAGAACAACAGCGGGUCCACCGGUCACGCCUUGUACACUUCCUCUUGGACUGCCAGCAAGUCGGACGUGCACUCGCAGCAGCGGUUCUUCUGCCAAAUGGAAACGGCGGAGGUCACUGUGGACCAGGCUCAUCGAGGAUACUACGUCGCCGAGGAUGGCGUUGGGUUUAAUUCCUGCAAUCCGCUCUUCAUCCGCAACAAGCCGGACUCCUUGGGCAGAUACGUGGGUCAGAGCUGCUACGGGUACGUGUCCUUCGAGCGCUUCGUGGACGCGGCCGCGGCCAUCACCCAGGGCAAGGCGAAGCCGGAGGACUUCGACACGGAGCUGCCGACGGGGUUCUCCACAGUGCAGGUGACUGCCGUCUUGGAGGCGGGCAGGAAGUCUUUGGACGAGGGCCGCGUGGUGAAAAUCCUGUACGACGACAAGGGCGAGGUGGACCGCCUGGAUUGAGCCGGGCGCCAUCGAGUAAGCUUUUUGCUUGCGUCAUUGCUGAACAUGACUUGGACGGUUGCACUGGCAUGCGAAGGGAAAGAAGGGACGUGGGAA